UAGUAUAGUAUAUUUUUUAGUAAAAAAACUGGCGUCGGUCUAAUUAAUGCUUUGUUUAAUAAUAAACAAUUAAUUUAAAUAGAAUAAUUAUCACAAUGGCUGAUAAUACUAAUGGUACAGAAAUGCUUACUGACGCAGAAGCUGAAUUAUAUGAUCGUCAAAUCCGUUUGUGGGGUUUGGAAUCACAAAAACGAUUAAGAAUGGCACGUGUGCUUCUUAUUGGAAUGAACGGAUUUUCAGCAGAAGUCGCUAAAAAUGUGAUACUUGCUGGUGUUAAAUCAGUAACAUUCCUUGAUCACCGUAAGGUUGAUGUCGGCGAUUCAUGUUCGCAAUUUUUUGUAACGAAAAAAGAUAUCGGAACAAACAGAGCAACAGCUUCAGUACCUAGAGCGCAGAAUUUAAACCCUAUGGUUAAAGUAACUGCUGAUGAAGACGAUGUUGACAGCAAAGAUGACGAGUACUUCAAAGACUUUGAUGUCAUUUGUGCUUCUGAGUGCACCAUAACUCAGUUGAAAAAGUUGAAUGACAUCUGUAGAAACUAUGGAGUCAAAUUCUUUGCUGGUGAUGUUUGGGGAACCUUUGGCUACACAUUCUCUGACCUUAUCAUCCAUGAAUAUGUUAUGGAAGUAGUACAAACAAGAAAAACCAAAGAAACUGGUACAGACAAACCCAAAAUUGAAAGCACUACUGUUAACGUCAGAAAUGAAGAAACAUUUGUACCGAUUCACAAAAUUCUUGAUGUUGCUACAAAACUGCCUAAAGAUACUGAGACUUAUUAUUUAUUCCAAGUUUUGUUGAACUAUCGUGAAAAACAUCGCAGAGAUCCAUUGCCAAAUGAACGUGAUGGUAAAGUUCUACUCGCGGAAGCACGCGCCAUUAUUGAGAAAAAUAAUUUGGGGGAUAAAAUGAAUUAUUUACUCGAAGGAGACUUGUACGCGCAAACAAGCCCAACGUGCGCGAUAAUAGGCGGAAUAAUGGGCCAAGAAAUAAUAAAAACUGUUUCGCAGAAGGAGCCACCUCAUAAUAAUUUAUUUUUGUUUAAUCCCCACACAAUGUGCGGUAAAGUCGUGCAACUCGGUUAUUGAAUGCAGUAUUUAUUCUUUGAAAGGUAAAAAUUAAAACAAUCAGUAUCAUAUGAAACUUCCGUUUUGAAAUUCCAAUAAACAACUAUUUCU